CUUUCUCUUUCCCUCACCCUAUUUCACGGUUCAGCAUCAGAGGACAGAGUAAAAGAUGACAACCUCUUCAAACUACACUAACCUUAGAGACAUUUGGUACACCAUGAUUGGGAUCCCAGGACUGGAAGAUGCACACACGUGGAUCUCCAUCCCCAUUUGUUCCAUGUACAUAGUCGCUGUUGUGGGAAAUACCCUCUUACUAUUUCUGAUCUUCACUGAGCGCAGUCUUCAUGAACCCAUGUACAUUUUCCUCUCCAUGUUAGCCUUGGCAGAUAUCUUUCUUUCCACUGUCACCACACCCAAGAUGUUAGCAAUCUUCUGGUUCCAAGAAGGGGGUAUAUCUUUUGGUAGCUGUGUGUCCCAGAUGUUUUUCCUCCACUUCAUCUUUGUGGCAGAGUCUGCCAUAUUGCUGGCCAUGGCAUUUGAUCACUAUGUAGCCAUCUGUUAUCCACUAAGAUAUACUACCAUUCUAACACCCUCACUCAGUGGAAAAAUAGGCAUUGCUUCUAUAAUUAGGAGUUUCCUCAUCUGUUUCCCCUUGGUUUUUCUGGUUUAUCGGCUUACUUACUGUGGAAGGAACAUUAUUCAUCACUCAUACUGUGAACAUAUGGGCAUUGCCAGGCUUGCCUGUGAUAGCAUCCAAGUCAACAUCUACUAUGGGGUGAUUGUGGCUCUAUUUUCCACGUGCCUGGAUGUGGUGCUUAUCAUCAUCUCUUAUGCCCUAAUACUGUGUACUGUGUUUAGAAUUCCUUCCCAAGAUGCCCGGCUCAAGGCUCUGGGUACUUGUGGCUCCCAUGUCUGUGUUAUAUUACUGUUCUAUACCCCAGCCUUUUUUUCAUUCUUUGCUCACCGAUUCGGGGGCCACUGUAUACCACUCCAUAUACAUAUCCUUCUUGCCAAUCUUUAUGUGGUGGUACCACCCACUCUCAACCCCAUCAUUUAUGGAGUUAAGACCAAGCAAAUUCAGGAGAAAUUUAUCCAGGUCUUUUAUUUGAGCAAGAAAUUUUGCUGAUGUAGAUUAAACAGCGUAGUUCUUUAAUUCUCUAUGUAACUCCACUAAUUGAAGAGUACCUACAAUUAUAUUGGAUAUCUUAUAUCAUGCCAGCAUUAAGAGAGAAUAAUAGCAUUAAGAUUUGAGUAAAUCAGAUCAUGUUAAAAUCUUGUUUCACUGCUUUUGUUCAGGACAGUGUCAGACCAUGGACAUUUUAGAGUCUGUGUAAUAAUGAGCUUUGUUACAAGUUUAAAGCAAAUAAAUUCAAUAGCUAAUUUCAGUUUUAUGUUAAUAUAGACAAACAGGAGAACUGAAGACACAGCCCACCCACACACACUAAAAAAAAAUGAAAAAAAAAUCUCAAAUCAACUUAACAGGGUUUUAGUUUUUUCUCCUAUAAUAUGACCUCUGUAAAUCAGAGAAAA